CAACUGAACCAGAAGAAGAUUCCACUCUACCAAACUACCUGCACUUGCAUUGAAGCUUAAGGAACCGACACACACAUGCCUGUCUGUCGGCAACCACAACCUUAAACAAAACUUCAACUCCCAUACCCCAAAAGAAACUUACCAGCAACAUUCUAUGUUUCGAUUAGGAAGAAAAAGAAAGAGUUGAAAGGUGUUCAGCUCAAGUCAAUCGGAAGAUACAUUUGGGGGAAGGUUCGAUUGAAAUCAUCGCCCAAACUCAAUGAUGGUCCAAGAGCAGCAUUCACUUCCAAAAUCAGUGAAUCAGAAGCCCAAAACGCGGACGGCGGCGCUGGCAGCUACCAAGAGCCUCGAUUUCUCCGCCUGGGUCUCAGAUAAUCUCGUCAGGAUCGUGGCUGUGGUGCUCCUUGUGGUGACCGUCGCUGCCGUGUUUUUCCUCCGGAACGCCGGCGACACUGCGGCGCUGCUCUGCUUUGAGAAGCAGGCGCAGGAGCUCGAGCGGAUCGCGUACCCGCGCGUGGACUGGAGUGCGAUCGCGCCGAUCGCGGACAAGACCUCGAAGUUCGCGAACUUCCGGACAGAGAAGUGGAUCGUGGUUUCGGUGUUGGGGUACCCGAGCGACACACUUAGGCGGCUUGUGAAGAUAAAGGGGUGGCAGGUGGUGGCGGUUGGUGGGUCGAAAACGCCGUCGGAUUGGAGUCUGAAAGGUGCGAUCUUUUUGUCCCUGGAGGAACAGGCCAAUUUGGGGUUUAGGGUUGUGGAUUACCUUCCUUAUGAUUCGUAUGUUAGAAAGAGUGUGGGUUAUUUGUUUGCGAUUCAGCAUGGUGCCAAGAAGAUUUUUGACGCUGAUGAUAGAGGGGAGGUGAUAGAUGAUGAUUUGGGUAAGCAUUUUGAUGUGGAGUUAGUAGGGGAAGGUGCCAGGCAAGAGGUUUUGUUGCAGUAUAGUCACGAUAACCCGAAUCGAACCGUUGUGAACCCUUAUGUGCAUUUUGGGCAGCGUUCGGUUUGGCCCAGAGGGUUGCCUCUGGAGAAGGCAGGGGAGAUUGGGCAUGAGGAAUUUUACACUCAGGUUUUUGGAGGGAAGCAGUUUAUUCAGCAGGGGAUUUCCAAUGGCCUGCCGGAUGUAGAUUCAGUGUUUUACUUCACCCGGAAGUCCACUUUGGAGGCGUUUGAUGUAAGGUUCGACGAGCAUGCGCCGAAGGUGGCGCUGCCGCAGGGUGUGAUGGUGCCAGUGAAUUCCUUUAACACGCUGUACCAUUCGCCGGCGUUCUGGGCCUUGAUGCUACCGGUGUCGGUGAGCACGAUGGCGUCUGAUGUGUUGAGGGGUUACUGGGGGCAGAGGCUGCUUUGGGAGGUUGGUGGGUAUGUUGCGGUUUAUCCACCUACGGUCCAUAGGUAUGACAGGAUUGAGGCGUACCCCUUUUCUGAAGAGAAGGAUCUUCAUGUGAAUGUUGGAAGGUUGAUUGAUUAUUUGGUUUUGUGGCGGUCUGAUAAGCAUAGGUUGUUUGAGAAGAUUCUGGAUUUGAGCUUUGCAAUGGCAGAGGAGGGGUUUUGGACUGAGACGGAUGUGAAGCUUACUGCUGCUUGGCUGCAGGAUUUGUUGGCUGUUGGCUAUCAGCAGCCGAGGUUGAUGUCGUUGGAGUUGGGAAGGCCUAGGCCAAAUAUUGGUCAUGGUGAUCGAAAAGAGUUUGUACCACAGAAGUUGCCAUCAGUGCAUCUUGGCGUAGAAGAAACAGGAACGGUGAAUUAUGAGAUUGCUAAUUUGAUCCGGUGGAGGAAAACUUUCGGGAAUGUUGUGCUUAUAAUGCACUGCAAUGGGCCGGUGGAACGAACCGCUCUUGAAUGGAGGUUGCUUUAUGGAAGGAUAUUCAGAUCUGUAGUUAUUUUGUCAGAAAAGAAGGAUGUAGAUCUUGUUGUAGAGGAGGGUCAUUUGGACUAUGCAUACAGGUACCUGCCCAAAAUUUUUGAGCAAUUUAGCAGUGCAGAAGGAUUUUUGUUCGUACAGGAUAAUACCAUUCUUAAUUACUGGAACUUACUACAAGCAGAUAAAACUAAACUGUGGAUCACUAAUAAGGUGUCGGAAUCUUGGUCUUCUGUAAUAACCAAUGGUGACAGCUCAGAUUGGUUAUCACAACAAGCAAGCAUGGUACAGAAGGUUGUUAGCACGAUGCCAGCACACUUUCAAGUGAGCUACAAAGAAACAAGUGACAAUGACAAGAACCUCCUAUUAUGCAGUUCUGAGGUGUUUUAUGUUCCUCAGCGACUUAUCAGUGAUUUUGUUGAGCUUGUUAGCCUUGUGGGCAAUCUAGAGAUUCAUCAGAAGGUUGCAAUUCCUAUGUUCUUUGUGUCCCUAGAUUCUCCUCAGAAUUUUGACCCUGUUCUUGAUUCAAUGAUCUACAAGCAAAAUCCUCCUGCUAAUUCCACCACUCUUUAUACUGCCAAAGUUCCUGCUGUUCAUCCAUGGAGCGUAUCGAGUGAGCAAGACUUCAUUAAGCUUAUCAGAAUAAUGGCAGAAGGAGAUCCACUUCUGAUGGAGUUAGUUUGAAAGUAGAAAACUCUUUCUUCUUGAUACUUGGUGACCAGAGAGGACGCAAGAAACAUGUAACACUUAAAUAGCACUCCUACACGCUCUCUUUUUAAUCGAAAACAGUGUUACACAGUA